GUCUCGUUGUGUCUCCUGGCAGAGAGAGAGACGCAUUCAGCAGCAGCGUGGGGACACAGAAGGAGACGGAUUAUGAAGCUCUCUCCCGCCUUUCCUGCCCUCUGGUGCAGUUUCCUGUUGCUGUGGAUCUCACAAGAGGGCAACAGUUCAGACGUCUGUACCUUUUCUCCCAACGACAAUGCGACAGGGCUUGAUGCAUGUGAAGAAUUGCCAAACACCUCAAAAGCUGUCAUCUGUCUCGUCUACCCGACAAACCUGCUCAACUGUUCCUGGUCCUUCCACACUUUGGACCAGGAUGCUGAGCUGUCUGUCUCUGUCAGGGUUUCUGAAAAUGACGAAUUGGUGGAUUCUCGACUCCAAGGCUCAGCGAAGAGAGUUGGGUUCAUAUCCUGGAUGCUCCAAGAUGGCGAGCAUAGGGAGGUAGCCGUCGAUUUUAACGUGACCCUGCGUGGCGCCUGGAUGUGCUGCCGAGCAUCGUUUGACGACGAUUCAUUGCACAUCAUCCCUCCUCCGGCGAACGUUACAGCAUCGGUUCAGGACGGCAGCCUUAAUGUCACCUGGGAUGCUCCAAGCGAGAGCUUUCCACCACACUGUUUUAAUUACCAGCUGGACAUGGGUGAACAGGAAAAACUGAGAAACUUCAGCGAUAAGCUGCAACACCUGGAGCCAAACGUUGUUCCUGGUCACACCUACAAGGUGAGGAUGAGGGCAAGGAUAUUGGAGUUCUGCUUUGGAUGCACUCAGUGGAGCGAGUGGAGUCCCACAGUCACGGUCGGGGAGCCAUCGUUCAGACUCGAUCCUCUGGUAAUUGCUGUGAUUUCGCUUGGAGUACCCAUGAUGCUCCUGGCUGUGCUGUUGUUGCUGCGCCAUCAGAGGUUGGGUAAAGUUCUGCUUCCUCCGAUUCCUCGUCCUCCUGAGAAGUACAAAAAUUUCCUGGAAAAAAACGAUCCGCUCAAUUUCUUCCAUCCUGUUUCAACGAUCAAGUCCGAGGAAGAAAUCACAGAGGUGGAGGAUGCAGAGCAUGAUCCCGGAGCAACCAAUUAAAAGCAAUCCGGGAUAAACGCAUGUAUCAUAGUUAGAUUUAUGAGCCAGUACUAAGAUAGAGAGAGCACUCCAAGCCACAGAUUUGCAACAACUAGAGUAAAAAUCACAUAUAACUCCUUCAGUGAUCUUCUACUGUGGAGCCAAUAGAGCCUGGUCCAAAAACAUAAAUUACUCAUGAAAAACAGGCGGAAGAUUGUACAUUUUGGACAAAACUAAUGACUCAUCUACUGAAAAUCUGCAAAGGUCUUCCUAUAUGGGUGGAAAAUUCUCAAAAAUGUCUGAAUAAACUGAACCCAUAAAGGACAAAAAGACAAGUGUCAAACCUGAAACCCUUUUAGCAGGAGAUCAUUCCUGAAGGCUGUGUCUUUAAAGACACAAAGCAUUCUUGAAGCUGCAGUGGGGAGUUCUGAAAAAAAACUGUGUGACUUAGUCUGUGAACAAGCACACCUCUGCAGCGCUGCAGCCCUCCCUCCACAGCUCCUCCCCCACUGCAGAGCCUGCCAUGCUGAUCCAAUGUUUACCUGUCUGUUUUCUGAACAGGUGCCACUUGAGAAAUUGGUAGUUGUCCUGUAAAGCGGGUUCUUUCGCCACCAUUUCUCUUCACAGCUGCAGCCCAUCUGCAAUUUUGAACUUGAAUGACAGUAGCACUGUAUGGGGGAGGGGUGAGAGCAGCACGUACACUGCUGGGACAUUCCUCCUGGCUCUGAUUGGUUAUUUCUGACCAGGAACGGUGUAUUUCUAUAAAUGACAGUAGGACCACUGGGAGGACCCACAACAGCUGGAUUUUACUGCCAGAACAUGGUGACAGAUUUAAUAAAUAUGUAAAAAAAAA